AUGGCCCUCUUCUGCCUGCUGCUGCUGCUCCUCCAAGAAGCCUGCUGUGGGAUGCUGCAGGCCAAAUGCCCCUGGAGCUGGAACAGGGAUGAGCAGCAUCCACAGAAUUAUUUCCGGAAAGGAGACUUCAUCUUCAGUGCCAGCAUCUUUGCAGCAGAAGGAGAUUUCAGACCACACAGUUUCAAUAAACCCGCCUCUAAUGAAAAGAUUUUAGUUCCAGAGGGAAAGCCGGUUUGCUGCUAUAGAUGUGAAAACUGUGCAGAAGGGAAGUUUUCCACCUACACAGAUGCAGCUCACUGUGCUCCGUGCCCACAAGAGCAGUUCCCAAAUGAGAACCACGACCGGUGCAUCCCCAAGAUGAUCCACUUCCUUUCCCAUGAAGAGACACUUGGUAUCCUUUUAGUAUCUCUGGUUCUUUUCCUCUGUCUCAGCACAUCUGCUGUGUUGGCAACUUUCAUUAAAUAUCAUGACACACCCAUUGUCAAAGCAAACAACCAAGACCUCAGCUACGCCCUCCUCAUCUCUCUCCUGCUCUGUUUCCUCUCCUCCUUCCUCUUCAUCGGUCAACCCACAAAGGUCACCUGUCUACUCCGACAAGCUGCUUUUGGAAUCACCUUCUCUCUUGCAGUUUCUUGUGUGUUGGCAAAAACUGUCAUGGUGGUCUUGGUCUUCAUGGCCACCAAGCCAGGAAACAUGGCAAGUUGGAUCUUGGGGAGACCACUGACAACCUAUACUGUGCUUAUCUCUUCCCUCAUCCAAGCUGUGAUCUGUGCUGUGUGGUUGCUGACCUUUCCCCCUUUCCCCAACUUGGACUUCCAUUCCCUAUCCAGAGAGAUCAUCGUGAAAUGUAAUGAAGGUUCCAUCACCAUGUUUUACACUGUCCUGUCCUACAUGGGCUUCCUGGCUCUUCUCAGCUUCCUGGUGGCUUUCCUGGCCAGAAAACUUCCCGACAGCUUCAAUGAAGCCCAUUUCAUCACCUUCAGCAUGCUGGUCUUCUGCAGUGUGUGGGUCUCCUUUGUGCCCACCUACCUGAGUACCAAGGGGAAGUAUGUGGUGGCUGUGGAGGUCUUCUCAAUCUUGGCCUCUGGGGCUGGUCUCUUGGGAUGCAUCUUUCUCCCCAAAUGCUAUAUUAUUCUCUUGAAGCCCAGUCUCAAUAGCAGAGACCAUCUCACAAGAAAAACCUAA